CGGGCGCUGGCAGGAGGGGGCAGGGCGCAGCGAAGGCCCGGGGGAUCGAGAACGGUGGGAGAGCCAGGCUCGGCGGGGCGAGGCCCAGGGCCCGGGCGGGCGAUGGAGGAGGCGCUGCUGUCCACCCCCAUCAACCCCAACAACUUCCCCGCCAAGCUGUGGCGGCUGGUGAACAGCCCUCGGUACCGCUCCAUCCGCUGGGACGGCCGCGGCGAGGGGCUGCUCAUCGACCAGCCGCUCUUCGAGGCCGAGCUGCUCAGCCCGCCCGGCCCGGGUGCCGGGGGCGCGGGGGGAGCCGGGAGCGGCGGCGGGGGCGGCGGCAGCGGCGUCGGGGCGGCCGGGGCGGAGCCCGAGCUCUUCAAAACCACCAACUUCACCAGCUUCAUCCGCCAGCUCAACCUCUACGGCUUCCGCAAGGUGGUGCUGGGUGGGCCGGGGGCGGCGGGGCCCGGGCCCGGGCCUGGGGCUGGCGGGCCGGCGGGCGACGGGCCACUCCACCACUUCCACAGCCCGCACUUCCGCCGCGACCAGCCUCAGCUGCUCGUUCACCUCAAGAGGCUCACCAGUGCCAACAAGGCCAAGCUGGCGGCCGGACUGGAGGUGCCCUGUCGCCCGCCCAACCGCUUCCAGCGGCUCCUCAUCACGUCAGCCUCCGCCUCGGCCUCAGCUUCUACCUCUCCGCUGCAGCAUCAGGACCCGCCACCCCAGCCCGCUGGCCCCCGGCCAGAGCAGCAUGGACCAGUGGCUGUAGGACAAUUUCACCGGUCAUUCCGGCGAGAUAAUCUGUCUCCUUACUCCUAUGUAUCAACGCCAUCCCACAACCACAGCACCUUCCCUCUGAAAGGUUUAGAUCGCACCCCGAUUCCUCCUCGAACAUGGCAGAACUCCCUUGGAAUGCACCCUGGACAAGUGGAGACGUCUCCCACUUUUUCAGAUAAAGGGGUUCCAUUUCCUGUACUGCAGAGAUUUCCAACUGAGGUUACUUAUACGCUGCAGCCCAGCGCCACAUCUGUACACGUUCAACAAGGUCCUCAAACAAUGGUCAGCUCCUCCCAAAAAUAUAGUAACUACACACCCUCAGCACAGUACUCCCAAGCCUACUAUCCAACAGCUGUGCUACAGUGCUGUUCUCCGUCCACUCACAUGGAUGCCCUCAGCAGCUGUGUCACUCCUUCUGCCUCUUCCUAUGCACACUGUAACUACUUCCAGAAUCCUCCAAUGCAAUCUUCCUAUCCAGUUGAAUUUCUGCCUUCUAAUUGGCCUUGCAGUGCUACUGAUGAAAAUAAAAAGACAGAAGUAAAUCUAGAGGCUGUCUUUCAGAUAGUAGAUGAGUUACACUCCUCCCCUAAGCUGGAGAUGGUAAAGGUGGAGCCUGUUGAGACUCAGUGUCCGUCAUCUCAGGCUAACAGAGGCCAGCAUAUCUUACCCAAUGCAAACAGCAGCAACCCAUCUUCCACCAGUCAGGCUAGCCAGCUGGAGCCACUCACUCCUGUAGGCUCAGACAUUACGUCUUUUGUGGUUGGAACAGAACAAGCAAUUACCUGCUCUCUGCCACAGUCACCUGAGUACAUCUAUGCCAUCCACACAGCUCAGCCUUUGGAAAAUAGCACAAUGCAGGAAUCUGCAACCAUCCAACAAACUCAUGUCAAACUGAAGGAGCAGCUAAACCAUAAUCCAUCUCCGUCUUCAGUAGUAUUUGUGCAGGAAGGGCUACCAUUCAGCACACAACAGGUGGAUAGCAGUAUAAAAUGCCAGACCAAUCCCCCGGAGAAUAUCUUGCCUUCAGAACAAAUGGGAUUCCUUAUUUCAGAAAUGGGGCCUGCUAGCAAGUCUAGUAAAGACACAGGUUUAUCCACUCCAGCCAGAUACAGAGAGCGAAGAAGCAACUCACAAGGAAAGUCCCCUGAUCUUCACCUGCUGGUGGACGUGGCCUGCAAGCAGGAGCACUUUCCAAAGGAGGAGGAGCUAAGAGAGUGAGGAGGAGGAGGAGGACUGUGACAUUGUGCACUCGCCACAGCUGGAGGCAGACAGGCACUGCACGUGACACACUGUUGGGAUUUUUUCAGUUCUGUUAAGGAAAAAAAAAAGCAUUUUUUUGUUUUGUUAAUUGAGAUUUUGUUAAAUUGAAAAUUGGGAGUUUGGUAUUUACUACAGCUGUUCAGUUCAGAUUGCUUACCUUGACAAACUGCUAAACAUCUAGCGGCCUUUUUUUUUUCUUUUUUUUUUUAUGCUGCCCAGAUUCCUUUCAAAUGAAAAGUCCUGGCCUUCAAGAAGCAUCUAAAAACUACUGUGUUGAUGGUACUGGAGCAGUGUGUGUGUGCUGAGUUAUGAUGCCAUUUUGAACUGUAGUCAGCACAAUGUCGCCUGUCUGAAGUCACAGUGUGAUCCUUUAGGGAAGAGGGUAUGAUAAACCAAGACACGGGAGGUCACCAAUAGCACAAGUCCAAGUGGGUCAGGGAGCCCAGGGAGGACGUGCUGCAAAAUGCUCGUUUUCUAAGUGAUUAACUAAGAAUGUCUCUUGUUUCUGAACCCACGUCCUGUUUCAAGAGAAAGGCAUCCGGACUUGGCCCAUCCAUCAUACUAACAGCCUCUGAUUCUUUAAUAUUAAUGGGAGUGUUUUUUCCAUUUUCAUGUCUUUCUUUAAUUUGAAUGAUAAAUUAUCAUAAAUAGUAAGAAAGUUUUGUUAAUAUCACUUACAUAAAUGUCUUCUAAAGAAAAAUAUUUAAUUUGUUUAAUUAUAUUUAUAAAUGCUGAUAGAUGUAAAAGUUUUAAAGCUUUGUAUUUUUAUUAACAUUGCAGAAUAGAAGGAUUAAAGGAUACAUGUAUAAUUUUAUUUUUGGAGGGUAAAUGUACAAUAUGUAAACAAACAUUGAGAGGUUUAACACAGUGUUUUCUUAUUUUAGAUUUUUACAUUCGGCAAGUAUAAAUUCUCAUCUAUAGAAGGUAUUGUGUGCAAACUUGGGGGGAAAUUGCUUGGUGUCAUUUACCAGAAGCUAUGCUGUAAUUAAAAAUAUAUCUAUAUUUGAAAUAUUAAAUGGCUUAAGCUUCUGAGAGACUUUGGAUAGUGGCGUAGAUUAUCGCCAUUUUUUCUUAUCCCUUGAUGAACUGUGUACUUGAGUGGUAGGAUUGUGGAACUGUUUCUGAGGAGAGGAAGGGCAUUUUAGACGCCCUGUUUCCGUAAUUGAUCCAUGUCCACCCAAUGAUAGCAAGAACUUUUCUGAUUUAAGGGAUUUUAAGGAUUAGAACUUUCUUGCUGGAUCUCCCCACUCUCGUUUUCCUAAUAAACGCUGCAGAAAUAAGAGGAAAGUCUAUGCAUUUAACGCUAAUGAAGCAAACAGCACUUCAUAAUGGCAUUAGCACUACACUCGCCGUCGUGGACUAACAAACAGCUCACUUCUUGCUGUGCACUGUGCCUUCCCAGUGGUGUCAGACAUAGAAGUGUUCUGAAGAUCUAGCUGCUCUGGAGGGGGAGCUCCGGAUUAGUCCAUGGCGACCAGUUUAGUUUAGAAACUAGGUUUUGAAAAGUGACUCCUUAUCUAAUUACACUAGUUGUGCUCCUUCCUAAUCAUCUUUCCUCACGAGGCUUGACAGAUGCACAGACUAUCGAAAUGUCUACAUCUAUCCAUGCCAAAUGUCUUGGCAAAGUAUGUGAAAAGGAGACCCGGCUUCUAAUGAAGGACCUUUGCCUUUUCUCUGUCACAUUGAAGAGCUGGUUAAGCUGUGUAGGAGAUAUUUCCUCCCCUCAAAAAAAAUGUCUUUCUUAGCCUUAUGCAUAUUGAAAAAGGUAAUAUCUUUUGAGGAACAUGUGUCAAGCAGGAACCUUGGCACAGACACGGUUUCAGUGGUUUUAAGGCGUGAUCAGUGAAAUGCCUUGACCAGCUCUUCAAAUGGUUUUUGUAUAUGAACACACCAGGUAAAGGAGCUGGAUCUCCUGCUCUCCUCACAUGCCUGGAACCCAUCUCCUAAAGCCAUCAUCAGUGACUUGUGAGAAUAGCAAGCAGUCAAGUGAAUGUGCGUAGGGCCCGACACUCAGAUCCCGUCUAGCUCCUUAACACCGAUCAGUUUUAAUCAGUCAACAAUAAAAUGAAUGUUCCAACUAGA